AUGGUUGAAACUAAAGAAUCUCAUGAAACUUUUUACAUUGUUCAGCUAAGAAGAUGGUUUACAGCCUGGGAGUCUAUCAAGUCUUCAUCUAAGAUGCAUGCAGUUGUUUCUAUAAUUAUUUGUUUAUUAUCACUUGCAUUUGGUAUUACUCUUUUAGUCUCACAUCAGUAUGGCUUCGAGUCAAAACUUAACGACAUUAUUUCAACUUCGGUUUUUGGAACAGGAAGUAUUAUGACAUUUUUUGGGAGUCUGAUGUCUCUUAGAAAUCUUUUUCGUAUGGACAGUUUAAAUAUAAUGGAUGAAAUAUAUAACAAGGAAAAGGGUCUAAGUAUUAAAAGAAGUUUAAGUUAUUGGGAUCCCGCUGUAAGUUACCUCAGCCUCUCAUUGUCUACAGAAUAUUUAAUACAUAUGGUUAAAGAAGUCUAUGAGAAAGUGAUUGGUCUUGAUUUAUCUAAACACUUUUCCAAAGUAUACGAUGAUGAGACGAUAUUAAAAGGUUCUGAUUACUAUAUCGAACAACUUAGUGUUAAUACAGAAGAAGCACUCCUUAAAAUAACGGAAAAAGUACUUAAAGACCAGAAAGAGAGGGAUGAGUCGAAGUCGAGGACCGAAGGGGGUAAAAAGAUGGAUGAGUCGAAUAAAAUGAUUGAUGAGGCGAAUAAAAGAUUUCUGGAACAAUAUGCAAAAACUUUACUUAAACGUAGAGCUGAUGAUAUAUAUCAACAGUUAUAUGAACUGUUAACGACCAAUAUUACUGAUAUAAAUCAUUGGAAAAAAAUAGAAUACGAAGCGAAACUUUAUAGAAAGCCUUUAUAUUUCAUGAAAAAUCUGGCAGAAAAUACAAAAUAUACGUUGAUUAUUCAUACUUUAUGGACUAUUGCGUUUUCAUUGAUUUUUAUAUCACUUGCUGUAAUUGCCUUUUUCAAUUUAACCAACGAAUCCAACAGUUCUAUAUUUUUAGUUAUAGAUGUUACACUCAUAAGUAUUUCAUCGUUCUGUUUAUUAUGCUCAGUGUAUUCAUUCAUUAUAAAUACGACAAUUGUUCCUAAUUUGAUAGAGGACAUUAAUUCUCAUGAACAUGACAUUUUUGAAGAUACUAUAGAUUUAAAUUGUGCAAUAUUUAAAGAACGACACACUAUAAAGUACGGAUUAAGGUUAUUUUUAUUUUAUUCCUCAUUCUUUUUUUCUUUUUUUCUUGGUAUGCUUGUAAAUAAGAAAGGAAAAUUAAUGUUGAAAAGAACUGACAUUAGUGGAUUAGAGAAUGAGAUUUUAAUGCGCCUUCUUUAUUGUAGCGAUCAAAGUGAUAUUGAAUUACUUUGA